CGUAGGAGGAUGACUAGUCCGCACCCAGUCUGAGGAGGAGGGGAACACGCAGCAAACCGUUCUGACAAGAAGUAAAGGUCUCUUAAACUUCCCAUUAAGGAGACGAAGAACUGUCCGCGCAAACACACCAGGACACCAAUCAAGCGAAGUGACAUUUUAACUUGUGAAGUGGAAAAAGAAUCCUCAGCCAUGUCUGUGAACAUUCAUAUCAACAGCCCUGAUGUGAAGUACACAGACACACACAUUGUGUCUCAGUAUUCCUACCAGACGUCAUCAGUACAAAGAGAUGGGAACAAAGUCACUGUGACCCCACGCACUACUGAGAUGACGUUUCGCACAGAGAGACGCGUGCCCCGGCUGGGUGUAAUGCUGGUGGGCUGGGGAGGCAACAAUGGGACCACGGUCACUGCAGCAGUACUGGCCAAUAAGCUGGACCUCACCUGGAGAACCAAAACAGGGCUGAAGAAAGCAAACUACUUCGGCUCAUUCCUGCAGGCAUCUACUGUGUGUCUCGGAUCAGGGCUCGAGGGUGAUGUCAACGUUCCCUUCCGUGACCUCCUACCCAUGGUGCACCCUGAUGAUAUUGUCUUUGAUGGUUGGGAUAUCUCAUCAAUGGAUCUUGGCAGUGCCAUGGAGAGAGCUCAGGUACUUGACUGGUCUCUACAGGAGCAGCUGCGACCACACAUGAGCUCCAUGAAACCCAGAGCAUCCAUCUAUACUCCAGAGUUCAUUGCUGCAAAUCAGAAGAGUCGAGCAGACAAUGUCCUCACCGGCACCAUGGCAGAGCAGGUGGAGCAGAUCAGGGCUGACAUCAGGGACUUCCAUCAGUUGAGUGGUGUUGACAAAGUCAUCGUUCUGUGGACCGCUAAUACUGAGCGCUUCUGUGAUGUCAGACCUGGAGUCCAUGACAGUGCAAAGAACCUGCUGGCUGCAAUCCAGAGUGGAGCAGAGGUUUCUCCCUCCUCUCUUUUUGCUGUUGCCAGUAUACUGGAGGGGUGUGCUUACAUCAACGGCUCUCCACAGAACACUUUUGUACCUGGAGUUGUAGAACUGGCUGAGCAGAGAGGCGUGUUCAUCGGCGGAGAUGACUUCAAGUCUGGUCAGACCAAAAUCAAGUCUGUGCUUGUAGACUUUCUGGUCAGCGCAGGUAUCAAGCCAACCGCCAUCGUCAGCUACAAUCACCUUGGCAACAACGACGGGAAGAACCUGUCUGCUCCUCAGCAGUUCCAUUCCAAAGAGGUGUCCAAAAGCAAUGUGGUGGAUGACAUGGUGCAGUCGAACCCCAUACUAUACAAGCCCGGAGAAAAACCUGACCACUGUGUGGUGAUUAAAUACGUCCCCUAUGUGGGAGACAGCAAGCGUGCCAUGGAUGAAUACACCUCUGAAAUAAUGAUGGGAGGGACUAAUACUAUCGCACUGCACAACACCUGUGAGGACUCUCUGCUUGCCAGCCCGAUCAUCCUGGACCUGGUGAUGCUCACAGAGCUUUGUCAGCGUGUCACUGUCCGGCCUCAGGGAGAGGAGGACUUCCAGUCCUUCCACAGUGUCUUAGCACUGCUCUCCUUCCUCUGCAAAGCACCCCUGGUGCCAUCAGGGACCCCAGUGGUAAACGCCUACUUCCGGCAGAGGGCCUGCAUAGAAAACAUCUUGAGAGCAUGUCUGGGCCUUCCUCCUCAGAACCACAUGCUGCUGGAGCACAAGCUGCAGAGAGACUUCCUACCCCUGUAUGACAACCACAUCGUCAACAAGGCUGCUUUGGGAAAAGUUGCCCUCACCAACGGGAACCAUAUUGCUCUAACAAACGGCUUCUGUGCACAUGUGAAUGAUGUAGCACAUGUAAUAUGACAGCAAAAACAGCACUCUACCCCAAGAUGGAACUGAAAUCUAAUUGGACUGUAACGCUAAGACCAAUAGCCCACAAGCCAUCAUAACAGAAAAACUAAAGCCACACUGAUUCCAUAGCUUUGCGUUUAGAGUAAACUUAACAUCUUUAAGUAUUCAGCAAGUCUUCUUUUAUGAGACUAGUGUGGUGAUUAACAUUUAGCUACUAAGCCUUGAUGAGGUUCAUCUGUUUGAGUCUGUACUCCACACAACACUGUUAAAGGCAGCCAAUUUUGUUACCAUUUAUGUCUGUUUUUAUUUAUAAUUAACCAUGUAUUUAAUAUUUAAAAAGUAAAUGCAGCUUUUUAGAUUUGUGUUCAUCUUAGUUAUAUCUUUAUUGGACUUUUUUCCCCCCAUUUGUCAAGCAAAUGUAAAUACAAUUUUAACAGAAGUUCUUUGAAACAGGUUCACAUGUGUAACCAUAAAAUAUUGUAGUGAUGUUGCAGCUGUGAAAAUAAAUGGGAUCGUACUUUG